CCCGAAUAAGGGUGCGUCAGGCAGCGGUCCGCGGGGGUUGCAGCAGGCUCACCUGCCUCAGGUGCUUCCCGCGGACCUGGACGAGCAAGCACUGGCGCUGCGGGAAAGAUGCUGCGCGAUCGGACGGUGCGGCUGCUGUACGGGAGCCGUGUCAAGGCGGUGUACGUGCUGGGCACGCACCUCUGGAUCGACGUCUACAGUGCCGCCCCCGCCGGGGCCCAGACCUUCAGCCUGAAGCACUCGGAGCUCGUGCAGGUGGAGGUGGUGUGCGACGGGCAGGCCGAGGAGGUGGUCACCAACGGCAAACAACGCUGGCCUCUCUCGCCCAGCACCACGCUUCGGCUGACCAUGAGCGAGGCAAGCACCGAGGCCAGCAGCGACAAGGUCACGGUCAACUACUAUGAAGAGGAGGGGAACGCCCCCAUCAACCAGGCUGGGCUCUUCCUGACAGCCAUUGAGAUCUCCCUGGAUGUGGACGCAGACCGGGACGGCGUGGUGGAGAAGAACAACCCAAAGAAGGCAUCCUGGACCUGGGGCCCCGAGGGCCAGGGGGCCAUCCUGCUGGUGAACUGUGACCGCGAAACACCCUGGCUGCCCAAGGAAGACUUCAGGGACGACAAGGUCUACAGCAAAGAAGACCUCAAGGACAUGUCCCAGAUGAUCCUACGGACCAAAGGCCCGGACCGCCUCCCCGCGGGAUACGAGAUCGUCCUCUACAUUAACAUGUCAGACUCGGACAAAGUGGGCGUGUUCUACGUGGACAACCCGUUCUUCGGCCAGCGUUACAUGCACAUCCUGGGCCGGCAGAAGCUCUACCACGUGGUCAAGUACACGGGCGGCUCUGCGGAGCUGCUGUUCUUCGUGGAAGGCCUGCGUUUCCCCGACGAGGGCUUCCCAGGCCUGGUCUCCAUCCACGUCAGCCUGCUGGAGUAUAUGGCCGAGGAGAUUCCCCUGACGCCCAUCUUCACGGACACCGUGGUCUUCCGGAUUGCUCCGUGGAUCAUGACCCCCAACAUCCUGCCUCCCGUGUCCGUGUAUGUGUGCUGCAUGAAGGACAAUUACCUGUUCCUGAAAGAGGUGAAGAGCCUGGUGGAGAAAACCAACUGCGACCUGAAGGUCUGCUUCCAGUACAUCAACCGAGGGGACCGCUGGAUCCAGGACGAAAUCGAGUUUGGCUACAUCGAGGCCCCCCACAAAGGCUUCCCCGUGGUGCUGGACUCCCCGCGAGACGGAAACCUGAAGGACUUCCCAGUGAAGCAGCUGCUGGGCCCAGAUUUCGGCUACGUGAGCCGGGAACCCCUCUUUGAGCCUGUCACCAGCCUUGAUUCCUUUGGGAAUCUGGAAGUCAGUCCCCCAGUGACCGUGAAUGGCAAGACAUACCCAUUGGGCCGGAUCCUCAUCGGGAGCAGCUUUCCACUGUCCGGAGGUCGCAGGAUGACCAAGGUGGUGCGGGACUUCCUGCAGGCCCAGCAGGUGCAGGCACCCAUAGAGCUCUACUCGGACUGGCUGACCGUGGGCCACGUGGACGAGUUCAUGACCUUCAUCCCCAUCCCGGGCACAAAGCAAUUCCGGAUGCUCAUGGCCAGCACCUCGGCCUGCUACCAGCUCUUCCGAGAGAAGCAGAAGGAAGGCCAUGGCGAGGCCAUCAUGUUUAAAGGCUUGGGCGGGAUGAGCAACAAGCGGAUCACCAUCAACAAGAUUCUGUCCAAUGAGAGCCUCGUGCAGGAGAACCAGUACUUCCAGCGCUGCCUGGACUGGAACCGUGACAUCCUCAAGAAGGAGCUGGGGCUGACGGAGCAGGACAUCAUCGAUCUGCCCGCUCUGUUCAAGAUGGACGAGGGCCGCCAGGCCAGAGCCUACUUCCCAAACAUGGUGAACAUGAUCGUGCUGGACAAGGACCUGGGCAUCCCCAAGCCCUUCGGGCCGCAGGUGGAGGACGUGUGCUGCCUGGAGACGCACGUGCGCUCCCUGCUGGAGCCCCUGGGCCUCUGCUGCACCUUCAUCGACGACAUCUCUGCGUACCACAAGUUUCUGGGCGAGGUGCACUGCGGCACCAACGUGCGCAGGAAGCCCUUCCCCUUCAAAUGGUGGCACCUGGUGCCCUGACCCUCGGGGCUGCCGCCUGCCGGUGUCCGCCUGCCGAGACCGCGCUGUGGCUCGGCCGGCCCUGUGGCUCUUGGGACUGCGAGGAGCCCGUCCGCGAUGACCACCGAGAACCUGCAAAAAACAAAACCAAGAAAGUGUAUGACUCCCAGGACCUGGAAAUUACAAAGCUCACGGGGGCCACACAGCGAGGUCUCGGGGAGAGAGAGAACGCCCAGGCCUGGGGUUUUCUGCUUUUAUCGGGGUCGAGGGUGGGGGCCUAGGUUCCCCGGGCUUACCCUUUAUGGGCAAAUCUGAAACACAAGAGGGGCAUUUUAAAGCAUGGAAGAGGGGAAAACAGGCUCCCCAUGUGGUCAGCCAUCAAACUCCACCCAGAGCUCGACCACGAAGGAGAUCUCUACAGCGAAGGAGCCUGUGGGGAAGGGUCAGGUGUGGGGCUGGCAGUGAGACUCUUUGAGAAAGCCGUCUGGGAGGUGGACGCUUCAGCCAGGUACAUGCAUUAUAUUAAAAAAGAAGAAGAAAA